UCAGUAGCAGGCAGGCAGAGGCAGAUAGCAGCAGAUAGACUGAUUAUUAAAAACUUAGAAUAACAACAGGAGGUCUGGAGGAAGAGGAGGAGGACUGGGAGAAUUCUGCAGGACCUGUGGAGCAGAGGACCAGAGAGGGUUUAGGAGGAGGUUUAGAAAAGGUCUGGAGGCAGGAGGAGGUCCCGGCUUUCACAGAGGAGGCAGGACUUUCUGGCUGUGUGGUGCGCUCCGACACCAGAGGUCCGCUUUAAUAGCAGAGAAGGAGGAGAGGCUGGUCGACUCUUUUACACCGUUCAGAGAGAGAGAGAGAGAGAGACUGCAGUCCCGGACAUUCGAGCAUCGAGCAUCCAUAUACCAAACGGAGCGCACACUGAGACGAGUCUACUGAAAAAACGUCCCCUAUACUGACUUAUCGGCAGGCAAUGAUAAGCGUAUUGAAACUCUCCGGUUGUUAUAAAUCAGCUGUGUGUUGUUGUUUUUUUUCCAUCAGAGCUUAAAUGACCCCGGACACUUAGGUUUGGACUUUUCUGACUGAGGAGCGGAGAGAAAUCAUUUUCCAAAUCUCAAAACCUCCUCUCUAGAUCCCCAUACCUGCAGGAGUUUGGACUGCUUCAUUAUCUUUAAAUGUUUUCAUCCAUGGACUCCUGUUUUCUGCGCACGCCACGCGCAGCCCCGCUGUCUCCUGCCCGUCGGCGCGUCUUUGUCAUUUUAAUGUCGCUGUAAUCUCCGCGCGUCUGGCUGAUUGUCACUAUGCAUUUCAACGCAAUCUGACAAACUGAGGAGGGUUUUUUCUUCUUCUUUUCUUUCAUCUCCUGGCUGGAAUAAAGACGAGACGUCUGUGGGAGAAACGUGGAUUUUGUUUCACUUGUUUUCCCUUUGGAUUGCUUUUGUUAAUUUAAUAUCCUUCGUUUUCACCAAACUCUGACCGUUCUUCGUGGAGAGAAGAAGCCCGAGGAUGUUGCUCCGCUGCUUGAACCCUCCCUCCUGGUCCACCUGUAGGUUUUUAUUCUGCUUUUUGUUGCUGCUCCAAACGCCCCGGCCCUCCUUUCCGCUAAUUACAGGUACCGAGGCCAGCUGUGAGAACGAAGGAGAAGUCCUCCACAUCCCCAACAUCACCGACAACCCCUGCAUCACCUGCGUAUGUCUGGAGGGGAAGGCAGACUGUAAACAGGAGAAAUGUCCACAGGUCUCUGAGGACUGUGCUCUGGUGGUGAAACAGACCGGAGCCUGCUGCGAGAGGUGUAAAGGUUGCAUGUUGGAUGGCCAAUCUUAUAACAGCUCAUUAUCCUGGACCAGCUCCACCAAACCCUGCAUAACCAGACGCUGUCAGGAAGGUGUCGUCACAGAGGCGGAUGUACAGUGUGUGGUCCACUGCAGGAACCCCAAAAUCCACCCCAAGAAGUGCUGCCCCACCUGCCCCAGUUGUAUCUUUGAGGGUCGCCUGUACAAAGAGAAGGAGGAGUUCAGUCCUGAGGGCAAACCCUGCAUCAAGUGCACCUGUACUGGAGGGCGGACUCUCUGCAUGAGGGAGGUGUGUCCUGUCCUUUCCUGCCCCGCCCACCUCAGCCACACCCCGUCUGGACACUGUUGUCCCAGAUGUCUCGGUCAGAGAAAAGUGUUCGAUCUGUAUUCAGGAAGCUGUUUGUUCCACAGCGAAGUUUACGAGAACGGCACGUCCUUCACACACGACAACUGCACCACCUGCACCUGCAAGGAUUCCACGGUGGUGUGCAAGAAGCGGUGCUCUCGGCCAGGAAGUUGCCACGGCGACCAGUGCUGUGAGGAGUGUCUGUCCUACGUGAAGGUGGAGGAGGUGAAGUACUGCAGAGUCCGGAACAAGAUCUACAGGGAAGGAGACAUGUGGUCGGCAGUCAACUGCACUCUCUGUGCCUGUGUUAAAGGAAGCAUCGAGUGUCGGCCCAAACAGUGUGUGCCAAUCACCAGCUGCCCCUCGAACAAGAUCUUGAACAGGACUGGCUGCUGUCCAGUCUGCACUGAAAAGCCGGGUGUAUGCACAGUGUUUGGCGACCCUCACUACAACACCUUCGAUGGCAGGACCUUUAACUUUCAGGGAACCUGUCAGUACGUACUGACACGCGAUUGUGGCAGCGUUCCCUCUGGAGGACCGGGGAAUAACAUCAACAGCCCGGGCUCCAGCUUCAUGGUGUUGGUGAGGAACGAUGCCCGGCGGACUCGAUCCUUCUCCUGGACUCAGUCUGUUGAGGUGAGACUGGGAGGCUUGAUCCUCGGCCUCCACCAGCACCUGACGGUCCGGAGGAACGGCACCCGCAUCGCCCUGCCCUACCACGGGCCCGGGGUGCACAUCGACCUGGACGGAUACCUGCUCAAACUCACCACCAUCGCAGGUCUGGAAAUCACGUGGGACGGGGACAGUUUUGUGGAGGUUGUGGCUGCCCCCCACCUGCGCGGACGCCUCUGCGGCCUCUGCGGCAACUACAACAGCCACAAGCGCGACGACACCAUGGGAGGCGACGGCCAGUUCAAGUUCGACGUGGACGAGUUUGCCGAAUCGUGGCGAGUCGAGGGAAACGAGCUAUGCUCCCAGCAGCACCCGCCUCGCCGGCCGACCUCCUUCCUGUGCCCCGGCAGCGUCAAAGUCAAGUUCCGCGCCCACCGGGAGUGCCAGAAGAUAAAGUCCUGGGAGUUUCAGAAGUGCCACCGUGUGGUUGACUUCGCCCCUUUCUACAGGUCGUGUGUGACGGACAUGUGUGAGUGUCCGGUCCAUAAAAACUGCUACUGUGAGUCCUUCAUCGCCUACAGCCGAGCCUGUGAGAGGGAGGGAGUGCCCGUCCUCUGGAAGGCCGACACCGCCUGCAUGGCCACCCAGUGUAAGCACGGCGCUGUGUACGACACCUGCGGACCCGGCUGCACCAAAACCUGCGACAACUGGAACGAGAUCGGGCCGUGCCACAAGCCCUGCGUGGCCGGCUGCCACUGCCCCGCCAACCUGGUGCUGUUCCAGGGACGCUGCAUCAAACCCACGGCCUGCCCCGGACGGUGACCCUCGUGACCCAGGUGGGAGGGAAGGAGAGGGGGGGGGGGGAUGGGUCAGAGACGGUCAUUUAUAAUAUCAGAAUCAAGGAGCCCAAAGAAGCCAGGAAGGACACAAAAGGGUCUAAAAAAAAAAAGUUGACAGAUCAGAUGCGACCAGGUACUCAGGGUCCAGAGCUACACACGCCACGGCGAUGGGAGGAGGAUCCGCGCCGCGGACUUCCUUGUGCUGACCCGAAUUUCAAGCUUGUGCAAGAAGAAUUGAACUCCCGGGAAUAAAAACUCUAUUUUGGAGAUUUUACAGUCUCAACCCUCCUGAGGAACGUUUGCCCACGCUGCCACGGACCCCUGGGGAACUAUUUGGGCCAGUGGACUCCUGCUUGAGCCAACAUGGCGCCCAAAUGUCCCCCCCAAACACCCUGAAGUGGGAAACUGAGCACCUGCGUGUGGACUAAGGAGAUUCAAAGCGGAGAAACUCUCCGAUGCAUCGUGUCAAAGCUGCCCUCGUGAUCUCUGUUCAAUCAUUUCAAACUGUAAGCUAGCCAGAUUUAUAUGAAAGACAGACAGCUUUUAUAUUAUUAUUGUUCUAAUUAUUCUAAUUAUUAUUAUUAUUAUUUGUUGUUGAUGUUAAUUUAUAUAUCGGUCAAAUGACAUGUAGCAAGAGCCAGACUCAUGAACAUAAUUGCGUUAUGAAUGAUUUAAAGGGAAACAAAAGCUAUUUAUGUAUUUGUUGUGUUACUGUUUGAAGAGAAAUGCCCAAAUGUGACUCAGUUGUUGCACCAUCGCAGGGAAAAAGUACUGUAUGUUAAUUAAUCUUCUCCGUGUACAGGUUGUUGUGGUUCGUCUCAAACUGAAGGUGUUCAUCUAAGCAUACGUUUCACUUGACGAUAAUUAUUUAAGACCAGCAAUAUAAUCUUUUAUCGAAGUUCA